AUGGGGAUGCAGUCUAAGGUGGUAUUACAACAGCAAGACAAAGAGGAUAAGAGCACGGGGUGCUUACUAAUAUACACUCAAAUGUGUGGGGCCCGCACCAGUCAAGUGGAGGUAGAGAACCUUACGGGAAGGAAGAUCAAGAUCCUAAAGAGUGACAAUGGUGGGGAAUAUAAAGAUAGCAAAUUCCUUGAUUUUUGCAAGAGUGAGGGUAUCAAGAGGUAUUUCACCGUGAAGAAGACACCCCAACAAAACGAAGCUGAUGAGAGGAUGAAUAGAACUCUCAUAGAGCGUGACAGUGCCUAUGAUUUCAUACCUAUUAAUGAGAGUACCAAGUUGAAGUCAAUUGAAGACGUUCAUGAGGUGGUGGAGUCCAACAAUGAGAUGGAGGAUUUUGGGCAACAACAAAAAACUCAAGAAGAAAAAGAGACUCAAAAUCAGGUGGAGCCGCCAUCUAUAGCUCAGUCUAGGCCUAAGAGAACCAUCAAACCUCCUCAAUGA